UUUAAAACUUUUCUUCGCGCGCGCUUUUCCAAUUAUGAAUGUUAAUUGUUUUUAUUAUUUUAUUGUGUUCGCUUUCUGAUAAAAAGUCAAGUAAAGCAAUUUAACUAUAUGUGUGACAGUUAACUGGAUUUCAACGGAAUGAAAUAAAUGAUUUCGAAAUGCUCUGCUAUGCCCUACUCCAGGCGCACGAUGUGGUUGCCCGCGAAGUGUACGGCGAGGAAUCGCUGCGUGCGUCUCCACCGCCCGUCAACGGACGCACCACGGCGCCGCCGCCCGAAGACGAAGAGGACACCGAACCCGAGUUUGAGAACGUGACCAGGGUGCGCCUCGUGCAGUUCCAGAAGAAUACCGACGAACCGAUGGGCAUAACACUAAAAUUAGCUGACGACGGACGAUGCAUCGUAGCCCGCAUCAUGCACGGAGGAAUGAUACAUCGACAAGCGACGUUGCACGUCGGAGAUGAGAUCAAAGAGAUCAACGGAACGCCGGUCGCCAACCAGUCUGUUGCCCAACUACAGAGGAUGCUGCGUGAAGCUCGCGGCUCGGUGACAUUUAAGAUCGUGCCAUCAUACCGCUCAGCACCACCACCUUGCGAGCUUUUCCGGAUAAAGCCUUCGCCCGUGCUAAUUUUCGUGAGAGCACAAUUCGAUUAUGAUCCAUUAGAAGAUGAACUGAUUCCUUGUGCUCAAGCCGGUAUCGCUUUCAACACCGGUGAUAUACUUCAGAUCAUUAGCAAAGACGAUUCUCAUUGGUGGCAAGCCCGCAAAGACGCAUCCGGCGGUUCAGCCGGUCUUAUACCAAGUCCUGAACUCCAAGAAUGGCGGGCAGCUUGCGCCGCUGCCGAAAGAUCCAAUCCUGAUCAAGUGAACUGUUCUAUAUUCGGUCGCAAGAAGAAGCAAUCGAAAGACAAAUAUCUAGCGAAACAUAACGCUGUGUUUGAUCAACUGGACGUUGUGACCUAUGAAGAGGUCGUCAAGUUGCCAUCAUUCCAACGCAAGACGGUGGUGUUAUUGGGCGCUCACGGCGUCGGUCGUCGCCAUAUAAAGAACACUCUGAUCGCGCGCCAUCCUGAUCUAUACGCUUACCCCAUACCACAUACCACUCGGCAGCCAAGAUCUGAUGAGGAGAACGGUAGACACUAUUACUUUGUGACACACGAGGAAAUGAUGGCUGAUAUCGCAGCAAACGAAUACUUGGAAUACGGUACACACGAGGAGGCAAUGUAUGGAACUAAAUUGGAUACGAUUCGUCGUAUACAUUCAGAGAGGAGGAUCGCUAUCCUGGAUGUGGAACCACAGGCAUUGAAGAUACUGAGGACGGCUGAGUUUGCGCCCUAUGUCAUCUUCAUUGCUGCUCCCCCGCUAAAUAAUGUUGCUGAUUACGACGGGUCCCUGGAGCUGCUGGUCCGCGAGUCGGAGCAGCUGCGGCGCACGUACGGGCACUACUUCGACCUCAACAUCGUCAACACCGACAUCGACGACACGCUCGCCUCGCUCGAGGCCACGCUCGCGCGCAUGCGCAACACGCCGCAGUGGGUGCCCGUCUCCUGGGUCUACUGAACCACACGACACUCGACAUUACAUAUAACCACCCUGCAACCGCUGGUAUAUAUGGACCUGCAUCUUAUACUGCUGCCAUCACCGUAAUUACGAACCAAACUGACAUUGAAUGAUUUAUGAAAACAUAUUUACUUAUUACGUAAUAACCACUCUACGAAUGCUGCUAUAUAUGAACCUGUAUCUUGGGUUUACUGACUGCCAUCUCCGCAAAUACAAAACGAACCCACACUGGAUAGGUUCUUCUCUUUAUUGAUCGAAUUUCUCAAAUUCAAAAUACAGAGUCCAUAUUUGUUCGUCUCAUAAAACUAAAGGCAAGUUUGAAACCAUUAUAAUAUUUAUCAGCGCAGUUUAUAGACACAAUACGAUUCAAAAUAGCCGCGGAUAAUAUAGCGUUUAAAAUCAUCUUUGAUAAAAUAUGAACUUAAAUUCGCAUACCGUGGGUUCAUUUUACAUUGACAAAAGACGCAAUGUAAACUUGCCCCAUGUAAUAAUCUAAAAUGAAUCUAAUACAUUCAAGUUUAAGUCUAUUAUUGAAGGUUCCCUUUUUGCUGUAUGCAAGUGUUAAAGUAACUGAACUUAGAUCUUAAAGCAAAGGAAUAAGGAUGAUUUUAAAUCUACCACCUCUACAUUGACUAUUGAAUAGCAAUACAUUGAAGUCUCCUUUAUAAAAUCACGACACCUGUAUAAAUACUUUGCCAUCCUAUUUUGAUUAAAGCUUCAUAAUUAGUGAGAUAAAUUCAAUGUAUUAGUUAUAUUUGCUGUGAUUAAGGCUCAAUCGAUCGGAAUUACUCUAUUUAGAAUCGAAUGUACGAAUGUAGUACUAUUAUAAUUUCAACAAUAGAUUUUGUAUUAAAUUCACCAAUACGGUAGAAAAAAUUAUCUACGAGUAUUUAUCUCUAAACAAAUAUAUGUGUAUCUACUUGUAAGUAUCGUGAGAAAAGUACUUAUUCAAUUUAAAUAUUUUUCCAACGACAGUGGCGCCAUUAGUUCUAUAUUUUCCCACCACAAAUUAGUUUCGCACGAGACUUUAGAUAGUUAAUUUUAAUAUAAGAUCGGGAGUAAUUUCGAUCGCUGCAAUGUAGACUUACAAUAAGAUUUAAUUAUACGUCACAAAUGAGUUGACAACUCGACGCUUGUUAUUCUAGUUCAAAAGUUAUUAUUAAAAAAGACAUUAUUUAAAACAUUAUUCUUUCUAUUAUCGCAAUAAAAAUAGUUUAUCGUCUCAAUAUUCUAAACGGAAACGGAAAGUCUUAUAGCGCUUGCAUUGUUAUUUCGUGUAUCUAAGCUCAAAUUCACACUAAAUGUGCCAAAUGUACGACUACCGACAUUUUCGAGACAUAAUUACAGUUUUCGAACACCAGCACAUGACACCCACACGAUUUUUGGAUCAAUGUACAUAAUUAUACAUUAGUACAUAAAUUAUAUUAACAAAAAAAAAACAAAUUCUCUAGAAAUGUACCGUAGCUCAAAAUGUUUACUUCAACAUUUAAAUUUAAGAUCUAUUCUACCUUUAGUAAACUAUUGUAAAAUCUUGUCGUUUUCCAACUAAAGGUGUCUAUUUUAUUGCACUGUGUGAUAGUUGUUAUAAUCAUCUAAAAAUGUGACAGAUCACUUUGUAAAUUUCAAAAUUCGACUAGAAGUAGCAACUUUAUCUGUUUACUUGCUAUCUUGAUGGAAAUAAUGAGUUGCAAUCUUCUAUAAGCCAUGCAUUAAUUUCUAACCAUUUAGAAAAAAAUUAACAACUUUUCUCUCAAACUCCACUUAAGGGUAUAUAAGUAUUCUGCCCUUAAAAAUAACAAAUUGUUGUAUUAAAAAUAUCCAAUGGCCAAAAAACGUCGCUGCAAUGUAUCAACUAUCUGUAUAUGACGUCACUAAAGUGUUGAAAGAACAUCUGAAAGUUAUCUUAGGAACAAACAUUUUUAGUGUAAACAAUUAUCUGACACAGUGCCCCUGUAUUCCUUAGUUGGAGACCGGUCUAUUGACUAUAUCACAGGAUUAGAAUUCACAGGGUUGCAAGAAUCAUAAUAGUCAUUUGUUUCAUUACAUUUUUAUUCAACACUUUUCGUAUUUGUACUUAUUGCUUUAUCGUAAGCGUUUGUUGCAUGGUUUUAAUGAUAAGUGUUUUGUUUUUUAUGGUGCCAUGGAAUACUAAGAUUAAAGAUGGGAUUUUAAAUUUAUAUUUGUUAUUGUUUGUAAUUUGUUAUUGAUUUUAAGAGCUUAUUUUAAAAAGACUUAGGGAGUAUUAUAUGUGCAAUUUAAAACAGUCUUCUUCUUUAAUGUUCUUAUAUUAACUGACUCAAUGCAAGGCUUAUUUUAUUAAGCCUUAUCUUAAGAGUAAAUUACUUUGGAAUGUAUUACAAGAGGUUCAAUAUUGAGGUCUCAGGGGCUCAGGUGUAAAAACGUACAUACGAUUUCACACCGUGAGGCUAACGUAUUGGACUAUGCUCAAGUCGUCCGUGGCGCCAUCUAUUUAUAGUUCUCAUAAGCUUCUCACCAGUAUUUUUGUCUACUCUACACAUUUAAUAUGGCAAUGUAAUGAAUACUUCUUAAGGAAGGAUUCAGUUAUUUAUGCCACUUGACAUUUUUGUACACGAUGCAACACAGAUACGACGAUGAGCGGCUACUAGCACAUAUACUACAAAAAGUUUGCACGCUUUUUGUUAACACUAAAGUUGUCGAGAAUUAUAGACAUGUGUUGCCUCGAGUAUAAAAGGCUUUAAAUGUGUGUUAUAUAGUUUUUUUUCUCGCCUGCACUAAAUACAUUCCUGUAUAUAAGUAUAUUGAACGAGUAGUGGAAUUUUACUAUAUAACUCUCACUGUUUCACUAUUUUUACUUUUUAAUAUAAUUAGGAUAAGUAGGGUUCGAUGUAAGGUUUCAAUAUCAUUUUGGAGUUCUACUUAAUUGUAUAUUUUUCUUAAAUUUAUGGAAUUUCAAGUAUAAUGUAUGAUAUGAUUGCUCAAAAAAGGUAAAAUGAUAAACUAUACAUAUUGUGUGUGAAUGAAUGAUGAACUUAAAAG